UGCCUCACGCUGUUGAUGAAACCUGCAGCACACAGACACAUUAGCUGUUUCCUCCUUCAGUCUUCAGAUACCAGAGAUGAUAAAACAAGACACAGAAGAGUGUGCCACCCAGGGCAGCGAGGAUGCUCCACCCACAGCCGGAGGGAUGGAGUCGCCCGCAGCUGCAAAAGACAGCUCGGACAGCAACAGCCCCAAAGAGUCAGAACCACAGACGCCACAGACGGACACACCUCCGCAAGACCAGGAGGGAGGAGGUGAAGUUGCAGAAGCUGCACGGUCGCAGUGUGACAUGGCCGAGGAGCUGAGCAGGCAGCUGGAGGACAUCCUCAGCACCUACUGUCGGGUAACCAUUUCAGACGACGCCAGUGCCUUGCCCAACGGCCAGUCACACAGCCCCGAGUUCAAUGGCCUGACCAGUGAGAGGGAAGAUGACAAGUCAGAGGAAGCCAAAGUUAAUGAAAAUGGGGCAGAGAAAGAGCAGAAGAAGACUCAGGAGAAGAAGAAAGUGAAGGGUCUGGGCAAAGAGAUCACGCUUCUCAUGCAGACUCUGAACACACUGAGCACCCCGGAGGAAAAACUUGCAGGCCUCUGCAAGAAGUAUGCUGAACUGGUGAGUAGUGAACGUAACACACAGAAGCAGAUGAGAGCGCUGCAGAAGAAGCAGAGUCAGCUGGUUCAGGAGAAAGACAACCUGAGGAACGAACACAGUAAGGCCAUCCUGGCCCGCAGCAAGCUGGAGAGCCUCUGCAGGGAGCUGCAGAGACACAACCGCACACUCAAGGAGGAAGGAAUGCAGAGAACCCGGUUGGAGGAGGAGAAAAGGAAGGAGGUGACUUCUCAUUUCCAGGUGACGCUGAACGACAUCCAGGCUCAGAUGGAGCAGCACAACGAGAGGAACGCCAGCCUCCGGCAGGAGAACACAGAGCUGGCUGAGAAACUCAAGAAGCUGUAUGAACAGUACAAACUGCGGGAAGAACACAUAGACAAAGUGGUGAAACACAAAGACCUGCAACAACAGCUGGUGGAUGCCAAGCUGCACCAGGCACAGGAGCUGCUGAAGGAGUCAGAGGAACGCCACGACAGAGAGAAAGAUUUUCUGCUAAAAGAAGCAGUCGAGUCUCAAAGGAUGUGUGAGCUGAUGAAGCAGCAGGAGGUUCAUCUCAAACAGCAGCUGUCACUGUACACAGAGAAGUUUGAAGAGUUUCAGACCACUUUGUCCAAGAGCAAUGAAGUCUUCACCACUUUCAAACAGGAGAUGGAGAAGAUGACUAAAAAGAUCAAAAAGCUGGAGAAGGAGACAGCCAUGUAUCGCUCCAGGUGGGAGAGCAGCAACAAGGCUCUUCUGGACAUGGCUGAGGAGAAAGCUGUACGGGACCAUGAGUUUGAGGCACUUCAGGGGAAAGUCCAGCGGCUUGAGAAGCUGCGGCGGGCGCUUAAAGUGGAACGGAACGAGCUGAACAAGAAGGUCCAGAACCUCAGCGGUCCACACAGCAGCACAGCAGGAGCCCCCACCUCUGACCCAGGGACUGACUCCCCAUCGCCACCACCUACAGACUCUCUGCUGGAGCCCAGCAGCUGUUCUGUCCCAGACACCUCCUCCUGCUCCCACUCCUGCCACUGUGGCCCAGAACUGGAGACAGACACCCUACUAGAAGGGGCAAACGCUCAGGCUGUCCCCGCACAGGAAUGAAGCAGCGCUGCUCACACUCUCCUCCUUCCCCCCUCCUGCGUCAAGCCACCAAAAGAUAAGCCACCAGCUGCAAGCCACUGCUCCACGGCUGGAAGAAGCUGAUGUUAAACACUGGUCUAGAAGGAGAUCGGAUAGUCACACCUUUGUGCAUUUUAGGUAGAAUAUCUGAUCGACGUUUAGUAGAAGGGUUCGCUUGUGUCCUCCCAGUAUCCUCUGCAGGCUUUAUAAAGGUGAGAAUAAAAUUCACCUGUCAGUAUAUUUACAUGCACACUGUAGCUCAAUUACUGAGACUAACCUGAUUAAUGUAAUCGCAUUUACAUGGUUUGCAAAUAACCCAGUUUCCUGAAAUAAUUAGAUUGUCAUGACUCAUUUAAUAGCUGGUUUAGCAUCUGCUUGCAAGCCCUCCAGGCAGCAUCUUAUUAUCCACACAAAUUAGAAGAGAAGAAGAAAACCAAGGGCUUUUUUUUUUUUACACUCAAUAUGCCACAACCCCAAAAGGUGUUUUUUUUUUCUAAUAUAUGCACAGGACUCAUGGAGUAUAAAUAUAAUAUAAAUUUUAACAAGUUAUUUGGCUCUGAUGUUCUUGUUCCAGCUUAAAUCGUACCUUCACUAAAUGACACUGUUUGCAUAAAGGUUGCCUCAUCAGUAGUGUGCAUGUAUUUGCACUGACUGCCUUUUGUGUUGUGCGGUUUUGCUGCACACCUCUUUCUUUUGACUUGCUAUGAACACAAAUCAGCCUGGAAGCGAUCAAAAAGUUCUGACACUGCGUCUAGAAGAAUGGAAAAACUUAAUUUAUAUUUGACUGCCAUCUCCAGCGAAGCAGUCGGCUCGUGCAGCGAAUGCACUGCUCCCAGCACUCCUGCAACACAUCUGUAACGCUCCCUGAAAGUCAAGUAUUUCUGCAGUGAGGCUGAAUUUCUGUGUUUCCAGUCAAACGAGCUCCAUGCCAUCCCACCACAGCUCAGGCUGUUUGCGCUGAAUGUUCUCAGACGCCUCAGAUUGUCGGUCACAUGCAGAAUGUUUCAUGCUGGGGGAAACACAACUACAUGAAUGUUAAAGAAAACCAACAGUAUGCCCCCGCUGCGCUCCUGACCUAACCUUUUCUGGUUUGCAAACAGCAGGUUCUUCUUCUGUCAGAACUGCCGUUUCUUCUCUUGGUGGUAGCUGCCGACCCGCCUCUCCCCACCGUCGUGAUCCUUCACGUUAAUGUUGGAUCAUCCAGCUGCUGAUUGACAGAGAAUGUGAUGUUUUUCCUCUCUCUGCCCCAGUUUGAAAUCACAACCAUGGGUCACAAAAAUGUGUAUAAAACAGGUCCAGUUGUGACAGUUUGGUGUCCCGCCGUCUCUUCGUGUUGCACGAGCGCGACCUGAUUCAGUUCCAGAACGUUUUGAUCGCACCACCUUUAAAUGUCAGUGCUGCUUGGGAUGACACAAGCCAAACCAGUUUGUUCUGAGAGGAGUUAUCAGAGGUUGAAUGACGUGUGUGUGUGUGUGUGUGUGUGUGUGUUCCAGCAGUUUGUCUCUUUUGCACAUUGAGUCUCGGUGUAUUGGAAGGGGUUUCACUCACAGUCGUAUUCUUAAAGCCACUUUUAGCACCUUCAUGUUUUUUCUUUCACAUGAAGUCUUAACAGAGAUGUCUCUAGUCAGUCCCAUUCUUAACAUGAAAAAAAAAAAAUCUAGAUUUCUACAUAUUUUUUUGAAGGAGAUUUUUCAGUCUGACUUUUGUUUUCGUAGAGAUUAAAUGUUCAGAACUAUUUCCAAUAUUUUUCUGGGAUGUUUGCCGAAAUGUAUUGUUUUUUUUCUCCUCGUUGGCAUCACACUACUUCACUUGUGCGGCAUUUUUUUUUUUUGUUUGGAGUCUGUAUUUAUUGUUUUGCAUAAUCUCUGAUGUUUGAAAUUUAUGUAGCUUACAGAACAUGCUGUAAAAAUAUAUAUAUAUGCUUAUUUUGUAAUAAUUUAGACCAUUUGUGAAGGUUUUACUUUUAGGACCAACUCCUUAUUCUUCGUAUGGCUAAUUUUCACUGUUGUUAUUCAGUCUGCCGAUAACGUUGUAACACUGACCACUUUCAUCUAACUCCAUCUUUGUGCAUUGGUGUGUGUGUGUGAGUGUGUGUGUGUGUGAUGCGUCUACGAUUGUCUCCUCCAAGUCCUGGUAAUUGCAGUAGCUUGUAAUCAGGUUUUAACAAGAAUGUUCAAGGACCUCUAUGCAACGCUUGUGUCUUGGUUUUAUUCUGUGGCAGUCUGAACUGACAAGCACUUAGCUGAGAAUGUAUAUUCAUUUUUUUUUUUUUUUCCCACUGUCCUGCAUGGAUGUACUGUAAAAACAAACAUAUCUCACAGCAGAACUCUAUUUCAUUUUUGUCUUUCUUUUUUUGUUUAGACCAUGUUUGUUGGGCUGCUUUGACAUUGAACGUAGUAUUCUCUCUGAUGCUUUUGAAAAAGGUGCGACGACUGAGCCGAGAGGGAAUAACGAGGGGAACAAGUAGAGCUUCUGAAUUGUAGUUUCACUCCCAAACAUGUUUUAAUCCACACGUUAUUUUGUACUACUCAAAAUGUAGCAUCGGUAACACAGCGUCCAUUCAUAGAAUCGGUCAUCUUAAAAAAAAAAACGGCAAACCUAAUUUCCUCCAUCGUCCCGUAGGACAGAUUCAUUGUAACCCCGAGUCCUGCAGCGGACGGGGAGCUUCAUCGACCACGAGAAGGAACCAAAGAUGCUUCCUUUUUUUGUCUUUUGCAGUACUUUUAUCUGACCCUGUAUAUUUUGUUUCUUGUUAAAUAAAAGAUGUAACAGUGUG